UCCAGCCUCUCCAGGGGAACUUGGGCUUUAAACAGAUUUCCUCAGAAGCAAACAAGCCCAGGGGAACGGCUAUAAUGGCCAGUUGAAAUUGAAGUGGACGAGGAGAUAACGCGAAGGGGAGCGGCCAAUUGGUGGCUUGUCAUAGCCAUUAUGGAAGUAUAUUUACUGAGAUUCCUAAAUCCAAGUGCUUAUGUCCAUCUGCACCCACCUCCAUCACUAUUUUACGUUUCAAAGAAAAGAAGUAGAAAUUGCAAAUUGAAUGCCAAAUUCAACAACGAAGAAGAUGACUUCUUGUUGCAAGUCGCCACUGAACGCGCUUUUCUUCGUUUCGAGGAGACCCUUCGUCCAGAUCCUCUUUUUAUUGACCCAUAUGUUGGCUGCCUUGUUCCUCCCGGUUAUCAAGUUAAUAUGAAGCAGCAUCCACACAAGCACUGCCUCGCGACUAAGUUCAUUGAUGAUAAGUUGCUGACAGCAAUGAAUAAUACUGAUGGGCUAAGGCAGGUUGUUUUGUUAACAGAUGGCAUGGACACUCGUCCAUACAGGUGCAAUUGGCCAGUAUCAACAAUAAUAUUUGACUUAUCUCCGGAAACAAUAUUUGGAAAAUCAACUCAGAAAGUCAAAGAUAUUGGGGCUAAGAUUCCAAGAAGCUGCUUGUUCUAUCAUAUUCCAUCAGAGACCUUUGAUAUUCAACAAAUUUUACGCAGUAAAGGAUUUAAUGGUGCCAGACCAAGUCUAUGGGCCUUCCAGGGACUACCCAUAAUGAAUUUGGCCAAUUUUAAAGAGAUUUUGGAGGUUGUCAGUAACUUAGCCAUGAAGGGAUGUCUUUUCUUGGGAGAACUGCCUGCUUGGUUGGCUGAAGCUGAAGGAGGAGUCAAGUCCACCACAAGAUGGAUGGAAAAGCUUUUUAUGAGCCAUGGUUUCAAUGUGGACAUUAUUGCAUUUGAUGAAAUUGCUGGGAACCUUGGAGCAGAAUCCACGGCAGAUGACUACAACAAUAUACUUUUUGUUGCUGAGCACCUGAGAUAUUCUGAUGAUCAGAUGGAAACCUGGAGGAGAGAGUUUCAGAGGAUAGAGGAAGAAGGGGAUGAAGAAGGCUUUGAGGAGCUCUGAAUGCACAAUUUGUUGAAAAUCAUUGGUUAUUGUAGUUAUUACCUUUUACCCCAUUCGAACAAGUGUUUUGCCCAUCAAUAAAAAGAAGGCGUCAAGAUUGA